CGUAAACUAGAAGUAGAAGAAACCGGAAGCGAUUUACCGUUGGCAUGCUAACAGUAAAGUUUUGAGUUUAACUAAUCAAUUUAGUCUUUGUCUUUAUCUUUGACAUUUGGUACAUAGUAUAUAUUAGUGUAAAGCUGUACCACUGACAGAGAGUUCGUAAGUUGGGUGACCGGAGGGAGGGCAAAGUGUUUUGUUUUUUAAAAGUCAGUUAAAGCUAGCUUAAAUAGCUAACUCAUAGGAGACACUUAUUCCGAGUAUCAAUGCUAAACUAACUUUUGGACUCGACGUCUUAAAAGCUUUUGUUUUGAACUCUAUUGACUGUUGCGGACUGGGUUAGAAGAUAAAUGUCUGAGCUAAGCGAUGAGGCCAGUGAGUCGGAGCAGUUGGGUGUCAGUCUCUCCCUGUGGCUGGGUGAGUCUUUGGUGAGAGCCGAGGAGCUGGAUGUCCCUCUGGACCUGCACACCGCCUGCUCCAUCGGCCAGUAUGAUGUGGUGGCAGAGUGCAUCAAAAGGCGUGAAGUGGACCUGAAUGGGAGAAACGUUGGAGGAUGGACUCCCUUAAUGUAUGCAUCAUACAUAGGCCAUGACAAUAUUGCCAAUCUCCUGCUUGAAGUUGGUGUGAAUGUCAACGCCACCACCACUAAAGGACAGACCCCCUUGAUGCUGGCAGCGAGCUGUGGGAAUGAAAGUAUCGCCUACUUCCUGCUUCAGCAAGGUGCUGAGUUGGAGCUGAAGGACUGUCGAGGCUGGACGGCUCUGUUCCACUGUACGAGCACGGGUCACCAGCAGAUGGUGAAGUUUCUGCUUGAUAACAAUGCUGAUGCCAAUGUGAGGGAGCCUGGGUCUGGAUUCACUCCCCUGAUGGAAGCUGCUGCUUCUGGGCACGAAAUCAUUGUUCAGUACCUGCUUGAUCAUAAAGUUAAAGUCAAUGAGCGCAACGCCAAAGGAGAGACAGCCCGAGCCCUCGCCAUGAUGUACGGCUACACCAAGAUAGCAAGCCUCAUCGACUCACGUUCUCCAAGGAACAAAGCAGGACAUUUUGAAGACCUCAGCUCCUCAGAAGACUCAGACAGCCCCCCGCCAAGGCCGAGACCCAGCCGCAGCCGCGCUAAAGGCAUUAGCAUCCAUGACGGGCCACAGGCGAUUGCUAAGUUUAGAGUCGGAGGUGCUGGCAGGACAGGAGGACUGUGUGAGCCUCGUGCAGCACGGACUGGCUACAUGGCAUUGAGUGAUGUCUGCAAUCAGAGCGACAGUAUCUGCUAUCGUGAUGUGACCUCGCCCAUCAACGAGCUCGACGGCCAGAGUAACAGCAGCAGAGAUGACAGUCCAUUCUUUGACAACGACAUGCCCACCAUGAGGAGCAGCAGUAGCAGCAGUGAAGGUCUACCUCCCAUCAACGGCUGGGAAGCCUCGGUGGAGAGUAACGAGGACUCUGACCAGUGCAAAAAGAGUAGCUCACGCCGACUGAAUAAGGCUCAUCACUCCAAAGGCAAGAGUCGCCAUGGUGGCAAUGAUGCAGCUCACACGGGAGCUACAGGGGACUGUGGGAUGUGCUCGCAUGUUCCAUCAUCCUACAACGGUCCUAAAGAUCUGGCCGAGUUCUUGGAACAACUUGGCUUCUCAAAGUAUCUCCCUGUACUGGAGGAGCAAGACAUCGACCUACGCAUUUUUCUCACCCUGACAGAGAAUGACCUGAAAGAGAUAGGGAUCACAUUGUUUGGACCAAAGCGGAAGAUGACAUCUGCCAUUGCGAGGUGGCACAGCAGUGCUCGCCCUCCAAGUGAUGCCCUGGAGCAGGCUUAUGCUGACCAGCUGGAGGCUGAGAUGCAGGAGAUGGCCAUUCAGCUGCACAAACGCUAUGAGGAGGUGGAGGGCCUGCAGAGCCAGGUGUCUCAGGAGAAGGAGUUACGCACCGUGAUGGAGGGAUGUCUGAUGGAGGACAAGAUGGCAUGGAGGAGAUUGCACACAGAGCUGGUGGAGAACCACCGGCUGGCCCAGGAAAUGAAUGCUACAUUAGCUAAGGCAAGAGUGUCUCACUCUGAACUGGUCACUACACUCACUGCUGACAGCUUUUUGAACGGUGUGGAAGUGAAAACAAAAUGUGACACAGCUGCUGGGUGUCCGACACUUUCCAGUGCAGUUGAGCUUUUGAAGAAAGUGGAUUCCUACCAAGAAGAACUUGUGGGGACCUUACAAACGGUGCUUCAGAGUCUGAGGCGACUGAGUGCCCCUGAAAAAGUUUCAGAUAGUUGGGAAAAGCCUUAAUCUUUGCAGUGGCUUCUGCCAGUGUUGACGGAGGGUGAAAUGACCACCCUAAACAAUGUCCAGUGCCAAAGACAAGGCCAGCCCUGCCUGUCUACUGGGAUCAGCGCAGGGACUAGACCAGAUCUGAGCUAUCCGCGUGUGGGCUAGGCCAAACGACAAGCAGGCAGGAGGGACACAUGACUCUCACACACUUGCGCAUGUGUGCUUGCAUUGGUCAAUUGAGGACGGCGAUCAGUUGUACUGUGGAGCACAUGCUGCAAUGCUGUGAAAUACGCUCACGAAAAUGUGGUUUCAAUUUUAAACAACUAAAUAAAGAGGUUGACUCCAUUAAGUAUUUAGUCUCUUUAGUCUGUUCAGGUUCAGAAAUGUUCUGCUGAGUUGUAAUUGAUGAUUUGACUGAAAUACCUUGGAAAUGUCCUGCUGAAUGUAUUCAAAUAAAAAAAUCUAACAGCAUUAGGUAAUCUCUGACAUCAUUGUAUAAGCAGUGCCUUUUUUCAUUUAAAUUAUUGGUUCAGUCUGGGUAUGAUCUUUUUCUUGACAUUUAAAGAUACAAAACUUUUAUAUAUUUUAUGUGGAGCAGAGUACACCAUAAACUGUCUUUACACUCAGUGUCCAGCAGAGGGUACUCCUUUGUAAAUCGUCAGC